CCUCGCCCGAUCGCUGAAGUCGCGCAUUGCUGCACCGGCGCAUGUACAAUAGACGACCGCGGGUUCGCAGGCAGGCGCGACCAUGAACACUACACAACCCGUUUCCUCGGCCAUCGAGGGCGUCGAGUUCGGCUUCCUCUCUGCAAGGGAUGUGAGAGCGCUCUCGGUGAAGCGCAUCACCAACCCGACCACCUUCGACUCGCUGCUGCACCCGGUCUCCGGCGGCCUGCACGAUGCCGCCCUCGGCGCGUUCCUUGACAACCCAUGCUCGACAUGCGGCCUCACCACCAUGCUCGGCUGCCCCGGCCACUGCGGGCACAUCGAGCUGCCCGUGCCUGUAUACCACCUUACAUUCAUGGACCAGCUGCUGCGCCUGCUGCGAGGCAAGUGCGGCUACUGCCACAACCUCAAGCUCGCUCGCGUGCAGAUCAAUGAGUUUGUUUCGCGGUUGCGUCUAAUCCGAUGUGGCCUGGUCAAGGAGGCCAACGAGAUGCACGAGUUCAUCGACGUGAACAAGGGCAAGAAGAAGCAGGAUGUUGCCGAGUCUGAGUCUGACGACGACAACGAAGACAUUGUAGGCCAGCGCAACAACUACGUAAAGAGGUGCUUGAAGCGUGCGGGCAUUUCCAAGCAUGAGGUGCGGUCUGUGAAGGAGAAGAACGACACCAUUGCCGAAGCUAGGCGGCUGGUCUUGAAGGAGUUUUACGCUGCUAUCGUAGCAGGCAAGAAGUGCAGAAACUGCCAGGCCAUCAACCCCACAUACCGCAAAGACAAGAGCAUCAAGAUCUUCCGCAGGAACCUGAGCGGCAAGGAGAAGGCGCAGAUGGCGCAGUCUGAGAAACGUCUCCAGAACCCACUCGAUGUUCUCGCGCGACGAGAUGCAAAGUCAAAGCAACAGACCGUUCACGAUGACGAGGGAUUGGCCGACAUGACCGAGGAGGACUCUGACGAUGGCAUCGAUAUCGACAUGGAUGAUGGGUCGCUCACAGCCACCGAAGCGCACACGGCGAAAAAGACCAGAACUGCCACAGACGCUGCCGAUAGCUCACAGGAGUAUGUUACAGCAGCAGAAGUGAAGGCAGCAAUGAUUUUGCUAUUUGAACAGGAGGCUGAGAUGCUCCGCUUGAUCUACAGCCCGUAUGGUUCAGCCAAUGUCAGCCCUGACAUGUUCUUCAUGGAGGCUAUCAUCGUGCCGCCGAACAGGUACAGGAUGGAAGACAAGACUGGAGACUCAAUUGCCGAAUCGCCCAAGAACAGUCUGUACAAGGGAAUUCUGAGUGCUUGCGACUCCAUGCGCCAGAUCAGUAACGAGAUGAAGGGUCAAGAGAACGAAGCAGGAUACAAGCGCCGCAACUUUGACGAUCUUCAAAACACCUGGGUGAAUCUUCAGGGCGCCGUCAAUGCUGUGAUCGAUCGUGACGCCAACCCAGUGCAAGGCAAGGCUGGUCUCACAAACGCCGACGGUAUCAAGCAGCAUCUUGAGAAAAAGGAGGGUCUUUUCCGCAAGAACAUGAUGGGAAAGCGUGUAAACUUCGCGGCUCGUUCGGUCAUCUCACCCGACCCUAACAUCGAGACAAACGAGAUUGGUGUACCCCCAGUCUUCGCUAAGAAGCUCACCUUCCCUGAGCCCGUGACCAACCACAACUUCUACGAUAUGAAAGAAGCAGUUCUGAACGGUCCCGACAAAUGGCCUGGUGCUAUGGCGAUUGAGAAUGAAUUCGGCCAGGUCGUUACUCUCAAGAAGAAGAAUUACGAAGAGCGAUUGGCGUUGGCUAACCAGCUGCUCGCACCGUCAAGCUCAUUUUCGAACGGCUCCAAGAACAAGAAAGUGCACCGACAUCUGAACAACGGUGACGUUGUCAUCAUGAAUCGUCAACCAACCCUGCACAAGCCGUCGAUGAUGGCGCAUAGAGCGCGCGUUCUACCCGGCGAGAAGACAAUCCGCAUGCACUACGCUAAUUGUAAUACCUACAACGCCGAUUUCGAUGGCGACGAGAUGAACAUGCAUUUCCCACAAAACGAACUUGCACGCGCCGAAGCUAUGACAAUCGCCGACACCGAUCACCAGUAUCUCUCAGCGACAGCAGGAAAGCCGCUGCGUGGUCUCAUUCAAGAUCAUAUUUCCAUGGGUGUUUGGUUGUCGAAUAAGGACACUUUCUUUACGCGCGAGGAGUACCAACAAUUGAUGUACGCGGCCCUACGGCCUGAAGAUGGUCAUACCACGUCUGGGAGACUCGAAACCGUUGAGCCUGCCAUCUAUAAGCCGGUGCCCUUGUGGACCGGUAAGCAGAUUUUCACCUCCGUUCUCAAGAACAUCAAGCCCGCUGAGUACCAGGAUCUGACUCUCGAGUCAAAAUCUUCGACGAACCGCAGUCUCUGGGGCGAAAAUAGCGAGGAGCAACAGGUCAUUGUUAAGGAUGGCCAGCUACUAUGUGGUAUCAUUGACAAGAGCCAAAUCGGUCCUGCCGCAGGCGGUCUUAUCAAUGGCAUCUACGAGGCCUACGGCGAGACAAUCGCUGGCCGCGCUCUCAGUAUCAUUGGUCGCAUGCUUACGAAGCUCCUGCAUAUGCGCGCCUUCUCUUGUGGUGUCGAAGAUCUGAUCUUGACUGCCGAGGGAGACCAGGCACGUCUGGAGAAGCUGAGAGCAGCUGAAAACGUUGGUUUUGAGGUCGCCUCCAAGUAUGUCAGCUUGGACUCGACGAAGAUCAAGUCAUCCAACACUGAGCUGCAAACACGUCUUGAGCGUGUCUUGCGGGACGAUGGCAAGCAGCACGGUCUAGAUCUGCUAUCCAACAGUGCUACAGCGGAGGUCUCAUCUGCAGUCACACAGGCGUGUUUGCCACACAAGCUCAUCAAGUUGUUCCCCAAGAACCAAAUGCAGGCCAUGACAGGCUCUGGUGCAAAGGGAAGUUUGGUCAACGCCAACCAAAUUUCGUGUAAUCUGGGUCAGCAGGUCUUGGAAGGACGUCGUGUCCCUGUCAUGGUCAGUGGAAAGACACUACCAUGCUUCAAGCCGUACGAAACGAGCGUCCGUGCUGGUGGGUACAUUGUCAAUCGCUUUUUGACUGGUGUACGUCCUCAGGAGUACUACUUCCAUAUGAUGGCUGGUCGUGAAGGUCUCAUUGAUACCGCUGUCAAGACAUCGCGUUCCGGUUACCUCCAGCGUUGUAUCAUCAAGGGCAUGGAGGGCCUCAAGGUCGAGUACGAUACCUCGGUACGUGAUUCGGACGGCAGUAUGGUACAGUUCCUGUACGGUGAAGACGGUCUCGACAUCACCAAGCAGAAAUAUCUCAACGACUUCAAGUUUCAGGCACAAAACUUCCUCUCCCUUGCGCAGUCUCUCAACACACAAGAGGCCUUCGGCAAGGUACACAGCCAAGAUGCGGCUGAUCACAACAAGAAGGCUGUCAAGAAGGCAAAGAAGGAUGUCAGCGCGAUAGACCCUGUUACUGCUGUCUUUGCGCCUAGCCGUCAUAGCGGUAGUACUUCUGAAAAGUUCUACCAGGCUAAGAAAGACUAUGUCGACAGCAAUGUAGACAAGCUGCUCAAGAACAAGAAAAAGGAUCCCGAGGGCGAGAUUUUGAAGAAGAGCUUCGAACAAAUGCUCGACCUUAAGUAUCUCCGCUCCCUUGUUGAGCCUGGUGAGGCUGUCGGUGUCGUCGCUGGUCAGUCUAUUGGUGAACCUUCGACGCAAAUGACGCUCAACACCUUCCAUUUGGCUGGUCACUCGGCUAAGAACGUCACGCUUGGUAUUCCACGUCUUCGUGAAAUCGUCAUGACCGCCUCAGCAAAGAUCUCCACACCUGGCAUGACAAUGUACCCCCAUCCCGAGCUUCCCAAAGAACAUCAGGAGAAGUUUGCGAAGAGUAUCACUCGAUUGCCACUCUCCGCUGUUCUCAACGAGGUCACAGUUACCGAGUCAUCUGGCGCUGGUACACAGUUUAGUCAGGCGAGAACAUACAAGAUCCGACUUGAUCUGUAUCCGGCCGAGGAGUACACAAAAGAAUACGCCAUCAAGGUCCGCGAUGUUGUCGAGUCGAUCGAGCAGAAGUUCUGUCCCCGUCUGCAGAAGAUCAUGCGCGCAGACUUGAAGAAGAAGGGGGACAACAAGUCUUUGUCGACCGCGAACGCAUCAGUGCCCCAGGUUGGGCAAUCAAGCCGCGCUAUUGACGAAGUUGUGGCUGAUGAUGAACGUGCUGGUCGCGAGGGGGGGCAAGAUGAUGAUGACAGUGAUGAUGGUGAAGGAGACGGCGAUACCACACAUGCUAAGCAGCGCGGUCGCAGGGAGGACAGUGUUGGUUACGAAGAGCCUGAGGAGGAGGAACAGGCUUUCAACGACACACUCGAUCGUGACGAGGCUACCAGCGACGAAGACGAAGCGUAUAGUAGCGGCGCUAAGCCUUCGCGCGACACAAGCCCUAACCCAGAUGAGGACUCAUCGGACGACGAGCAGCUCCUCGUACCCACAGACGAAGCUUCCGAUAUCCGCAAGGAUCGCAUCAUCAACAAGAACGCCGACAUCUUCGACUUCAAGUUCGAUGACAAGAAGGGUGGAUAUUGUGAGAUCACCUUCGAGUUCCCCCUCACAGUGCCCAAGCUUCUUGUCCUCCACCACGUGGAGACCGCCGCCGAAUUUGCCACCAUUCACGUCAUCCCUGGCAUCAAUUCCGCGAUGGUGUCUAAGGAGGAAGGCAAGGACGCGAAUGGCAAGAAGAUCAAUGUCCCUGCAGUUAUUACCGACGGAUCCAAUCUUCUCGCUAUUCGCGAAUUUCACGACAUUAUUGACGUGAACCGCGUCUUCACAAACGACAUCGUCGCAAUGCUGCAGCUCUACGGUGUCGAGGCUUGCAGAGCGACAAUCGUACGCGAAAUGCACGCUGUCUUCAGCGGUCAUGGUAUCUCCGUCGACCAGCGCCACUUGAACCUCAUCGCCGACACAAUGACCAAGGGCGGUGGCUUCACGCCUUUCAACCGCAAUGGUCUAAAGGGCAAUGUCAGUCCGUUCAUGAAGAUGUCUUUCGAGACCACUGUCGGCUUCCUCAAGGACGCUGUGCUCGAGCGCGACUGGGACGAUCUUAAGAACCCCUCGGCCCGCAUCGUCGUCGGCAAGCUCGGUGGCAUCGGCACAGGCGCAUUCGAUGUCUUCGCUCCCGUGCACGUCAUUGAUCCGCUCAAGGGCGGCGUGUUGCCCGGGAUCGAGGAGAAGGCCGAGGAGGAUAUUGAAAUGGAAGACGCGUAGGAUACCAAGACAGAAGCGAGAUGGUUGGCACGAUUGAUGUAUGUACCGUAUUGGGAGUUUGCAUCCGGGUUAGCAUAGUAGAUGGCGUUCUGGCGCGGUUGGAAGCGCACAGCUGCGCGAAUUGAGUAAAAGUGCUUAACAU